AUGACCUCCACUGGAGCAAUUAUCAUAAACCGAGGUCUUUAUCAGUUCUCUGAAGCAUCAGGAGGAAUGUUGAUAGAAACACGGAGGUGUUUGUUCCUUGCCAUUAUCUUCACAAUCCUGUUGCUUAUAGAAAUAGCCAUGCAGUUGGAAUUAACUCCCUUGAUACCGGUUUUUAAAAGAUCUCUACAGGAAAAUUCAAGCCAUCAGAAUUUUCAUAUCAAAGGUCCUUCUGUAAAAGAUACCCCUUCUGUUAAUAUAACAACAGCAUGCAAGCCUCACAAGCCAGACAAAGUUGGGCAGGAACAAAUUCUUAAAUUUUAUGGACCCCCAGGACGGCUGAAGGAACAAAAGUGUAAAGAUAAACGUUACCCAGAUAUCUGUUCAUACCAGUUAACUAAGAUAAUGGAACAUAACGUGUCUUGUGAUGUGAAGGUGUGUGGGUCUUCAAAGAUUAAAAUGGCUUCAGUGAAUCCACAAAUGGGGAAAGCUGUUGAUGACUGGGAAACAAUACCGAAGGAAAAACUUACUUAUAAAGUACAGGAAGCAGUAAGAACUAACCUGGAAAAUGGAUUUAAUUUCUUUUUUCUUAAAUGUGGAAGGAUUUAUCAAGCCUUUAGUAUCCCUCCUGUCUUCCAGAAAAAUGAAGGUGAUGAAAACAGAAGUGCUAUCAAUAUAAAUAUUAUUGUGUUGGACUCUAUCUCAAGGCCACACUUCUAUCGAACCAUGCCAAAAUCUAUAGAGGCUUUGCGAAAGAUAAAGGAAGAUUCUACAAUCAAGGCGACCUCCUUGGACUUUGAACUUUUUCAGAGCAUUGGUCAACAGACUUUUGAAAACUUAAGGCCAUUCUUCAGUGGUGUUCUGAAAGAUGACAAUGAAGUGAGUGCAUCUGGAAAGAAUACAAAGGCUCCUUUGGGUGUGGAAGUGCUAUAUGGAGCCUUCAAAAAGUGGGGCUACCAGACGUUCUUUCAAGAGGACCUUUGUUGGUACGAUAUAUGGGGGACUGCAUUAACAGAUAUAGAGAGGAGAGAAAUGCCUAAAACAAAUUCUGAAUUCAAAGUUAGGUGGAAAGAAUUUCAGAAUAAGAUGACUAAAAAGAUGAUUGACCAUGUUGGUAUCACACAUUUUUCCUGUACUGUGUUGGCCAGAGUUGGGAGGACCAAUCAUUAUGACAAACCUAAAAAAAUAUGUCUGAACGGGCGAUUUUUUGAUUGGUACUUCUUUAACUACAUAACAAGAGUGUACACUGCUCUAGAAAAGAACAGAAAAGCCAAACCGUUGGUAUCGUACAUGCAUUUCAAUACGGGACACGAGAUGACAGGGAAACGGAUGAUCAACAUGGAUACCGGUUUAGCAAAGUUUGUCAUGGAUAUGGCUUCAUUUCCAAACACCUUGACUAUGAUAUUUUCAGACCAUGGUCACAAAACGACUCCAUUCAGUUUCACUGAAGAGGGAAGGAGAGAGUUAUUUGAUCCAGUGUUCUUCAUGAUUGUCCCUAAUGGAGUUAAGGAAAAAAUAGGAUCAGAAAGAAUGGUAGCGUUGGUAACAAACCAAAAGCGCCUCUUUAUGUUGUAUGAUGUUCACAAAGCACUCAUGAGUUUGCAUGAUUCUCAGAAAAAGGACUCGAAAGAUUAUUUAGUUUCUGGAAUAUUUUCAGAGAUUCCGGCAAAUCGCACAUGUGCAGACUUGUACAUGCUCCCCUUAACAAGAUGCAAAUGUGAAGGUUUUGAUGAAGCAAUUCUAGUAAACGACAAUGCGAACGAUCACAUGUGGUUGGCAGAAUUUGCUGUGGGAUACAUGAACAAUGUUAUUCAAAAACAAUACAUGAGUGGAAUUAGUGACUCAAAGAAACAGUAUGGCUACGGAAACUGCCAGCGCUUAGUUGGAAAAUCAUUUAAGAAGGUUGUCAAACGAUUUCGAGGAGAAUACAUCCUGACUUCCAUGGACAUUCACGUGUUCCCUCCAGCCGGAUACACGGAAGAUGAAGUCUUUAAAGUCUCUGUUAAACAGUUUGCAAAACCAAAGCAAGGAGUAUUUUUCCUUAGUUCUAUCCGGCAAACGAUGUACAACAAGUUUGCCUCAUGUGCAGAUAAGUCAGUGGGUAUCAAGCUCUGUGCAUGCGCUAAAGAGGAAGCUGCUGACGCCACGAAGAAAGAAGUGUUGUUUGACAAUGUCGUUCCACGCAAAAUGUUUGGUUCGAACACAAUUGUGAGAGACUUGGAUUCCAACUGUUUGCUAUUCUUGCGACGGAAUUAUGGAACAUUUUCAUUUGCAUUGGAAGUGGCAAAUAUUUGUUCAAAUCGAACUUAUAAAUUUAAACUAACAGGCUCUAUGUAUCAAAGGAUAUUCUCUAAUACUGUCCCUAUCAAGCGGAAAUUAUUCCCAAAGACUAUUUACUUUUUAACCUCUGUGUACAAAUACCUUUCAAAAGUAAACUAUCCUUUAGGAUUGAAAGCAAGUGUGAAGGUUAAGAAGGAUGGAUCAGACGCUUUUACUAAUUUGGGGACCUUCAGUGUUUCAUGACAUUCAGAA